UCUUUACUUAGGCGCCUCGGGUCCAGUGGCCUCCUUCCUUUAUAUGUCAGCAAAGAUUUUCCCUUUGCUUUUAGUGAAUCAUACUUCAGUCCAGGUUGUCUUAAAUCGAAUCGAAAUGCCAACUACUCUGAAUGAUCUCCCUUCAGAGUUGCUAGCACAUAUUUUCACCGAAACAUUACCCUCAGACGAGUAUGUCUACUUGUCGAAUAAGUGUGUCAUUUCGUGGAGGCUACUCACUUUAUCUUCUCCCGAACUUUGGUGCUCCUUCCAAGUAAAGCCUCCAACAUAUUGCAAUCCUCACCUUAUACGUGUAUGGCUCGACCAUUCGAAUGACCGCCUGCUCUCCUUUAAAAUCGACUACAGCGCACAUUCAUUUUCUUACGCCGAUGCCGCCCACCUCCUACGCGCUCUGCGUCUCGCGUCUACUCGAUGGGAACGCGUGAAUCUCCUCCUCCCGGGGUCAAACUCGCUAUUUCGUGAUGCAUUUGUCAAUGCAGACAUGCCUCAUCUCCGAGAGCUGUCCCUUUAUGUGGUUCGUGGUUCAGAGGCCGACAUCAUGGAGCUCAAUACAUUUUUAUUCUCUAACGACGCUCCACUUGAAAAGUUUACAUGGGGAUUUAGCUCGUCUUGGGGAGCACGGGACUAUUUGCCGGGAAGAUUGAGCGGGCGCACCGUCGUUAAUGCACCAUGGUCACGUUUGACGCAUCUCAAACUGGACACUUGUGUAACAGUGGAAGAGGCAUGCACCAUUCUCAGCAAAUGUCACGCCCUGGUCGAGUGUGAUAUCAGGAGGUUUUCACCACCUGGGUACGCGCACAUAAGCGUCGUCAAUCUCCCAGCAAUCACACUUCAGAACCUCACCUCGCUUUCUCUCUACACCAUCAAUCUCGUCACGAUGCGUGAUCCCCUCACCCGCUUCUUCUCUCAUUUGCUUUGUCCCAACCUGCGGAAGGUUGCAUUCACUUGCGGAUUUACGAAUCGGUUUGCGUGGCCUCAGAACCGCGUUCAUAUCGUUUCUCCUGCGGUCGUCAUCACAGGGAUCUCGGAAAGUAAUCUCUGUCAAUGUUUAGAGGUUAUGUCGUCUUCCCUCAGGCAUCUUGCCUUGUAUGAUUCGGGCGAAAACGUCUGCGUAUCAGACGAGCUUGCUGGUUUGAUUGAAGGGUCGUUGUGUCCGCUAUUGGAGAACCUUGUUCUGCAUCGUGCGGUGCGGUGCUCUGCCGAUGGUACACUGGCAAAGAUGAUUGAGCUACGUCAGGAGUCAUUACAGAAGUUCAGGUGGUGCCCAGUGCCAGGAGAUGACUAUGGACAUGUGAAGGAUCUGCGCUUACUCAAAAAGAUAUCUGGCUAUGGCUUGGAGCAGACAUGGGAAUGGGAGCGAAACUUAACACGUUUGCAGGGACGGGUUAUAUAAAUACAGGCUAGUCUAUUUUCAUUUGAUUGUAACCUAAUCCUAGUACUCUUCUCAGAAUGAUUCAAUCGUAUUCAAAUGUGGUGAAAACUAAU